AUGAAUGUAUCCACUCUCUUCCUCAUCACCUUCACAUGUGGUUUUCUACAAAAUGUAGUUUCAAAUGCAAAUCCUCUCUCAUAUGAAGCUUUCUUUAACUUUGGUGAUUCUAUAAGUGACACUGGAAAUGCUGCAUCUAUCUUUCUACCUAUGCCUAACCCUAUUCCUUAUGGUUCUAGUUACUUUAAACAUCCUUCAGGACCCGAGGCAUAUGGGUUGCCGUUUUUGCCUGCCUAUGAGAAUAAAAGCAUAGACCAAGAUAUCAAAAAAGGAGUAAAUUUUGCAUUUGCUGGUGCCACUGUGCUCAAUGUUGAGUAUUAUGUCAAAAAUGGGCUUCCUCUUCCAGAUACAAAUAACUCAUUGAGCAUUCAACUUGGAUGGUUCAAGAAUAUCAAACCCCUCCUCUGUAAAAGCAAAGAAGAUUGCAAUAUCUACUUCAAGAAAUCAUUGUUUAUAGUUGGAGAAAUUGGUGGGAACGAUAUUAUGAAGCAUAUGAAGCAUAAAACUGUUAUAGAACUUCGAGAAAUAGUUCCCUUUAUGGUUGAAGCCAUUACUAACACCACAAAUGUGCUAAUCGAAGAAGGAGCUGUAGAGCUAGUGGUACCUGGGAAUUUUCCGAUGGGAUGCAGUGCUGCAAUGUUCACAUUGGUGAAUAGUAAUAAGAAAGAAGACUAUGAUGAAUUUGGGUGCUUAAUAGCUUACAAUAAUUUAAUAGAGUACUUUAACGGGCAACUAAAAAAUUCUAUAGAGACACUAAGACAGAAGCACCCUGAAGUUAAGAUAAUAUACUUUGACUACUAUAAUGAUGCCAAACGUUUAUAUCAAACACCGCAACAAUAUGGUUUUGAUAAGGAUGCUAUUUUCAAAGCAUGUUGUGGAGGAUGUGGAUCACUUAUCGCUACAGUUUGCUCUGAUCCUUCAAAACGUAUAAAUUGGGACGGACCACACUUUACUGAAGCAGCUUAUAAGCUAAUAGCAAAAGGGCUAGUUGAGGGUCCAUUUUCAAAUCCUUCUCUUAAGUCCCCUCUUUUCAAAAUAGCUUAG